AUAUAUAUAUACACAAAAUUUGUGUGCUUGCAGGUAGGAGAAUACGUGGCUGCGUUUAUAGAAUUUCUCGUAUCGGAGGUUCAAGUUUCCUACGAUGAUAUCCAUAUACUGGGGCAUAGCUUAGGCGCCCACGUAGCCGGAUAUGCUGGUAAUUAUCUGUCGGGGAAACUCGGUCGAAUUACCGGACUUGAUCCGGCUGGACCAGCGUUCGAGACGCCUUACCUGAAAGAUGCGAAAGAGCGGCUGGAUUCUACAGACGCCAAUUUCGUCGAUAUUAUACACACUUGUGCUGGUAGUUUGGGCAUCCUCAGACCCAUCGGCCACGUAGAUUUUUAUCCGAACGGCGGAACAUUCAGACAACCCGGAUGCCCAGUUCUUUCAUCCCAAUACUGUAGUCAUGGUAGAUCGCACCAAUUUUUCGCCGAGUCUAUCGUGCAUGCUGACGGCUUUCCCGCUCUACAAUGCGCCAGUUGGAUAGAUUUCCAGUUUGGUAAAUGCAGCAAUAAUUCCACUCUGAUGGGUGAAUUUAUCAGUAUUGACACUCGGGGCAUUUUUUAUCUGGAAACCAACUCAGAACCGCCAUUUGGAAAAGGCGUGAUAUAAAACGAAGAUGGUGGAGAUAGUAUAGA